AUGGACAGCGAUCGCAUGUUCUGCCAUGCCUGUGGCGGGGUUUGGCUUAAGGACGGGGGUUUGACGUGCCCGCAUUGUGAAUCCGAGUUCACGGAGAUCAUUGAGAUUCCUCCAGAGAUGCCCUCCGAAGCUUCCCCAUCACCCCAACCCCAGGCUGGGUCAUCGUCGGCUCCACGCGGCAACCCGUGGAGAGACCAUAACCCGUGGGAACAAGAAGAGUCAUAUUCAGCGCAAGGCUUGGGUCUUUUUGGGAACGCCUCCUCUGGAUAUCCCUCUCUGCGCACAUACAGGUCCCCCGACGGGCGGUUCUCAUUCAGUAGUACGACGUUUGAAGCCGGAACAGCCUCCGGUCAGCGCAACGAUCCAAGUCCUAUUGUCCCGAUGGCGUUGGAAACCUUCGGUGCGAUGCUACGAGACGUAGACUUCAUGGAGCCGAAUCCUCGUGUUUACAGAGGAUAUGGGGAGGAGUCUCUCGAUCCUAACUCCUCCACGGCUCCCGACUGGCUUCAGGACGACCACCUCACCGGCCAUCACCCGGGCCUAUCUCCCCGCAAUACAAAUGGCCCGCAAUCAAAUCGCAACCCGAUGACGAUAACCGAGAUCAUGGACGCUAUCCGUGCUGACCUUGGAACACAAUCAAUGCGAGGCGGCCGGGGAGGCCGUGGCGCAGCAGCUCCGAAUCCUCUUUCCAUACUGUCCGCCAUUCUCAACAUGGAUCGAAUUGGAGACGCAGUUUAUUCGCAGGAGGCGCUUGAUCGGGUCAUCGAGCAGCUGAUCGAGCACACUGGAGGUGCCAGCACUGCGCCACCGGCAGCAUCACAGACUGCCAUUCAGUCUUUGCCAAGGAAAAAAGUUGACAAAGAGAUGCUGGGCGGCGAGUCAAAAGCGGAGUGCACCAUUUGCCUAGAUAAUGUCGAACUCGGUACGGAAGUCACAGUGUUACCAUGCACGCACUGGUUUCAUUUCAGCUGCAUCGAAGCCUGGCUGACCCAAAACAACACUUGCCCACAUUGCCGUCGCGGUAUCGACUCAAAUAUGGGAAAUGGAGAGGGCACCCGUGAGAAUCCCGUCGUAGUCCAAGAUAGCCCCGAGCAAUCAGCAUCCCGGCGGCGCCACAGUUCUGCGCGGACAUCGCGCAGCGGCCGAUCCUCUUUAUCCUCGCUGCAGAGCCGGCUAUCGCCACGACUUUCCCCUCGUCGCUCUCCUGAACGAGAGCGUGGACAGGGUGGACAACCUGGCCCUCGAGAGCUUAGCCGGAGUGAGGGCAACGGUGGAGGAUUCGCCAGCUGGUUUUCAAACCGAUUUGGAAACAGCACGUGA